AUGUUGCGGCAGGUUCGACGCGCCCCCCAUCACCUCCUGCCCACGCCUCCGCAGUACCAACCCGCGCUUGUACCCCAAUCGUCCCAUUCGUUUUCCUCGCAGUCUCUUCCGUCUUCAGACUGGCGCCAAGUCGUGGCGGAAUUCCAGCGCAAAGCCAAUGACGAGAGUGCGUCUUUAUGCGCCACUGACGUUGAGCGCGUCGUCCACGUGUGCACAGCAAACGAUCGGACGCGAGAAGCUCUGAGUGCGGUCCACGAAGCCCAAAAGCGCGGUGUCGUGGCUCCGUUCCAGUCGCACAUGCGCAUUUGCUGUUCCUGGGCUCGCAAAGGUCAAGCGGAGCGGUCGUUGGCUAUGAUGCCGGAGCUACGUGAUCGGUUUGGUCAAGAGUGUUUAUCGUUGGCAACACCGACAUCGACUCGUGCCAGUGUCUAUGACCCACUGCUCUCUGUGUUCAAGUUGCAGGGAGAUUGGCGCAGUACGCACGAAGCUAUUGCUCAGAUGCACAAGCUUGGGAUCCCACCGACCAUACGUGCUUUUCGAGUGCUUAUGUUGACCUUGGCAAAAGCUGGACAGACAGAUACGUUGUUGACGACGGUGACGUUUGUUGAGAGGAAGUUCCCGAGCCUUUGGACGGAUGUCGUCACGCUCACGGCCAUGUGUCAAUCACUUGUGCGCGUUGACGAACAUCAGCGCGUUCUGGACAUUUACAGUAAACUUGACGACGGUUGGAUCCGUGAACAGGCUAGCACGAUGCUGUUCAACCAGUUUUUGCUUGCUGCUGUUCGCAAUGAAGCCACCAAGUCACGGAGAAAGAACAAGGGAGACAGACAGAUGAUAUGGACGAAUGUACCUGUCGCAACGAAGAUUUUUGACUGUAUGCAAGAAGCUCAGGUUGCCACUCCCGACGACUUUACGUUUGCGACAUGUAUGAAGCGAUUGGAGAAUCGUGGCGAUUGGAAUGGUGUGCUGGAUUUGUUCGACACGAUGGUGGUAAGCCAAACGCGCGACCAGAGCACUUUGAAGGCGCCUUUGAUCAAUGCUCUUUCUUGCGCUGCUGCGGUCCGAGCACUUCAUAUGAUGCAUGAAGUCCCUGUGUCUGACCAAGUACAAAAUGCAGAACUGCAUGAUGCGACACGAAUGAAAAGGUCUUCAAGAAGUUUACAGCGCAAAAUGAAGCAAGACUUGACUGUCGUGCUGGAGCAAAUUCGCACCGUGGAUCUUCGAAAAAUCGACCAUGCUUCAUCGUUGAUUGAUACUUUGGAUGAAUUCAGGCUGUUUACUGCAGCACGUGACACAUUUAGGCGUGUGCUUGAUGAAGGAGUUAUUCAGAAAACUCCAUGGAGACUAAAAGACGGGUUUGAGAUCGAUUUGCACACGUUCUCUCGCGGUGUAGCAAAGUGUGCCGUCGUGUCUGCAUUUGACGAGAUUACGCGUUUGCAGCAGAGUAUUGGCGUCGCUCCACUCGGGCGCACCGUACCACUACAGGAUCUCCGCAUUAUCGUUGGCCUCGGAAAGCGCAGUCAGACGUUUAUGAAGCCUGUUCUUAGGCAAGCGGUCACAGACCUGCUGACGAAAUCCAGUCGGCCACCACUUUGGCCGUCGAUGCACCCGACCAAUCCUGGUGUUUUGCUCGUACGCCAUAAUGCUUUGCGCAAAUGGCUUGUGAAAGGUGGCGCUAUCCGAUAUUUUUAG